UUAAGAUCAUAAACUCUUGCUGCUCUAUAUAUCAGUUCAUCUCCAUAGCAAGUGGGCGUAAGGCUUUAUAUGAUCUUCCACGGCUCAAGUUUUAUGGUUUAUUAAUUGAAAAAAAAAAAAAAAAAAACUCAGCAGCUAGCACAACUUAGGUAUGUUUCCAAAGCAGUGGGAAUGGACCCAGAUAACCUCACAGCUGUGCAAUGUAGGCCAUUUGUGUUAAGACUCUGGGCUUGGGCGGUCAGUUCCCAUUGAUUGGACGCUCUGGCACAAACUCUUGAUCCCUGCUUGUGUCAAACUAUUUCUACUUCAUAUGACAGGAUAAGCCAUUAAAGCUAGAUGUGAGCUGCAGUUUCUGAUCAGCACUCUCUUGCGGAGCUUACUGAGUAAACAUGCAUGUGGUUAUGGAUGGCAGCUGGAUUCAGUUCGGCCCUGCGGGACGAGGCUCAGAUGACUGGGGCACAGGCGCAUCUGGACCUCCUUCAACUGAGGAUCGUCUUAAGGGCGACUGGAAUGAGCUGCUGGCUUCAAACAAGGUCGAAGAGAGACCGGAGGCAAUGCUGUAUGUUGUCAUAGUAACGGGCUCCUUGCUCGUCCUCGCAGGAAUUGCCUUCUUUGUUUACAGAAGAUGUUUCAGGGCGAAGGAGAACACAGCCAAAGUCAUAACUCUGGAUUUCGACGACGCAGAUGGCACUGCUGAAUUUCUGUCCACUUUAGAGGAAGGAGAUGGCACUGAAGACGGGAACGAUGGGGUUUUUCUGAUGGUUUAUCUGCCGGCCCCAUACGAGAAAACCCUCACAAAGAUAGCCCGUGCUGCCAGCACCUCCAGCUCCCAUAAUGAUGUGGAGAUCGUGCAAUUACACACAGAGACCUCCACUGAUCAAGAGUGAAGAUUCAUGCCCUCCAAUGUAGAACGUGUAUUACUGAUCCACUGAUAACACAUCAACACUAAAAACUACUGUACAUGAUACACAGUGUAGUUCAAGGUUAUGGCUAUCACUCAGUAGUGCUAUCUAAAACAUCACUGUACCAACACACCAGUGUUUGUGAGGGAAUACUGCCAGAGUAGUUUUUUAAUCAUCUAUAAUCUAGCUGUCAUGAAAUGGCUACAAAAUAAUUCACAUUUUUAUUAACUUUACCACAAUGCAGUUGUUUUGAAUCCUAGUAGUAUUAUAUAUAAUAAAGUGUGUAUACACAGAAAAUACAAUAUAGUCUUGUUUACACUUGGGAACUGCUUGUAUCUCAUUAGUUAGUUUUUAUUGUGCGUUUCCAUCAGGAAUGGAGCUUUCCCCCCCGAAAGUGCAAGGAAGUGUGUGAUAGUUAAUAU